GCCAAUCUCACCCCAUGGGGACAAAGCCGACGAGGGUAACGCAAGCGAGAUCAAUAGUCUACCCGGUCUGGUGGGUACACGAUCUCAGCACCAGGUUGUUUAUGAUCUUCAGCCCUUCCGCUUUCUUCGCAGCUUGGUUGACCCUUUUACUUGACAUGGAUCAAAAUUACAACGACAACAACAACGAAAAAAGGGCAUAUACGACGUACCAAAAUGGUCGGAUUCCUGAUCCCGCCGUGGUACAAACUGUAUGAGCCAACGGAAAGCGACCUCAUCUUGGCGACGUUCUUAUGGGGCUUCACUCUGGCCCUUGCUAUCUGUGUACUCGCCAAGGGAGUAAAGCAGACACUCCGAAGCUUUCGACGCUGCCACUUCUGGAAUCCAUAUAUCAUCAUGAUUUGGGUAGAGUGGGCUUCAUGUCUUGGUGUUGCGGUCAUCAGCUGGCUUUUUCUAAGAGGUGUCAUUCAGCCAAGCUUUUGGUACUUCUUGACGUUGAUCAUUGCCUGGACCAUUAAGACUCAAUGCCUUAUGCAAAUUCUUACAAACAGGAUUUCCCUAAUCCUCUACAACCCUGAGAAGGCCAGGAAGCUCAAGGUCUACAUUUUCCUGGCCAUCGGCGUCAUCAAUGUCAGCGUGUUCAUUGUCUGGAUCCCUGCCCGCCUCCAGGUGAGCGAGACGUGGAUCCACGUCAACGAGGUCUGGGACCGGGUUGAGAAGUUCCUAUUCAUGGCCGUUGACGGUGGCCUCAAUUACUACUUUAUGUGGCUUAUCAAGUCGAAACUAGUCGCCAACGGGUUGACAAAAUACAGACUCGUAUACAGAUUUAAUCUGUUUAUGGUCUUUAUUUCACUUUCGCUUGAUGUCCUGAUCAUCGCUCUCAUGUCUCUCCGCAACGACGCUCUUUACGUACAAGUCCAUCCCCUAACUUACAUGGCCAAACUUUACAUCGAGAUGAAUAUUGCCGAAUUCCUCGGCAAGAUCCUCAAGCAAUCGAACCGUCGACACAACUCCUUUUCUCUGUCGAUUGACUGCCACAGUCUCACUACAUUUGAUGGCUGGCGCCCCGAUCUCGAAGCGACCGGCAGCCCGCACGACUACAUUUUCAACCGCGAAUGGCGGCGGUCGAAGCACCAAUUUCACAUCAAGCCAUCUGGCGGGCAAAUGCACCCGCUCAACAUGGAUAUAUUAACAGGCGGGGAGGAGAGCCAUGAUUGUACAAACAAGUGGGGUGGGAUUCAUGGGGCUGGGCUGUACGACAUCUCUGCGGAAAAGGAGGACGAAGUAGGAAAGCCAUCGAUACCGAGCGAAGUUCGUGUCAAAGAUUCGCCAUGGUCAAUAAUGGAUGUCAAGAGGCGAUCAAGCAGUCAAGAGUUAAGGCAGUCGAGGAGGGUUCGGCCUAGGACGCAGCGCGCAGAGACUUGUGCUGGGUACGACGAUGGAAAAGACAACAACGGAGAUACUGGUGUGGACAGGCCGCGUGCCAAACGUUGCAUUUCGCAGGAUUAUCGGAGUUCAAGAAGCAAUCGGGAUAAUGGUUCUCAAGCAGACCUGGAUACCGAUGGACUGUUGCAAGGAGCGAUCCCACCGACAAAAACCUACAGUGACCAUGAGCAAGGGGGAUGAGAGUGGCUUCAAAAGGCUUGGCUAAGGUAAUCUGGAAGCUUGAAGCCACACUGUAAGAUCAGAAUCGCUUGGCUCGCAAGGGGAGAAAGGUUCACCGAGAAUUGCAUCGACAACGGCAGACUAUCCUGCCCUACCAUUACGCAAGAACAUCUCCGGACACAUGACGUCGACAAAGCCGAACCGCCAGGUGCAAUCACAACUUCAUAUCCUUCGAGGCAUUUUGCACGACCCCUUGCCGAGUCUUCAUCUCGUCUUUUACCGAUUGGUAUUCCUGUACAACGGUAGUUCCCGCGGGAACAUAAAGUGCUGGAUGGUUGACAAGUCACCCUUGCAACGUUACCAAUAGGCGUCAAACUCGACAUUGCUAGUGCUAUUCCAGCACAAGACUCCCCGAGAAUCACGACCCAUUGACAUUUCAUGUUACCAUCUACCCUAGCUGAGGGUCGCCGAGUCCGUGAUGAAAGAAAGCCCUUCAGCAAGGGGUUCACAGCUUUGCAUGGUGUCACUACAACUUCAAGACGCGCACGAAGCGUGGCACAUGUUUUGCUUUACUUCAAAUACAAC